AUGUGGAGGCAUGCUUCAAUCGGCGACAUGGAAGCUUGGGCGACGGCGGCGCAUGCUGCUUCCCCUCGCGACGCCUGUAUACUACCUGUUGACCAGAUUGACCGAGCUUUCUUUGCUCAGACUGUCGCCGAGCGACGCACGCACCGCGAUUCCGACGCCGUCUGGGACGUUGUCACGACGGCACCGGUCGACGACGACGGCGACGCGGUCGAGGAGCGGCCGAGGGGAUAUACAGUGCACCACCGAAACUCGUGGCAACCGGGGGAGGGCUCACCCACGGGUGAACAGGUCGAGAACUCGGCCGUCGUGCCCAGUGCGCCGUCAAAGCUUCGGAAAUAUGCUCGCAAGACGGGACUCACCAAGUCGUGGGUGUCAUGGGGUCCCAACCUGAUCCUCGCCAAGUGCACGUCCGACACACCCUCGCGGGGCCUCUGGAGGGAGCGUGUCGCCGAGAUGAGGAGCAUGCGCCUCGCCGUCGUCGUCAUGCAGGCCUUGAUCCGCCGGGACGCUAUCCGAUCCAGCCACGACAGGCACCUCCUCGAGAAGCUACCGCGACAACGGCAGCGCAGGGACAUUAUCGCCAUGCUGGCCAGUAACGGAUACGCCCGGCGCGACAUCCGAAACAUGAUGCACGUCCUCGACGGUCGCACCGACCAGGACAAAUGCGAGCGCUUCCUCAGCGUCGAGGGCCACAAGCCCAUCUGGCUGCUCCACUUUGUCACCCGGCCGUCGGCGAAACUCAUAGAUGCCGGCACCUUGCACAGGAUCAUCGCCUACUGCAAGGAGGUGUACGACGGCCGGCGGGAGUGGGAAAAGGGGCCCGUUGAGAAGGGUGCCCUGUUCAAGCCCGGGGCGCGCACCAAGCUGGCCAUGCUCAACAUGUCCCCUCAGACUUUCGGCAACACGCUGCAGAUGCUGGCCUCGCAGUGCAUGGUGGUUGACGGACGACUCCUCCCCGGAAUCGCCGACACGGCCGCCCAGUACAUCCGCAACAUGGCGGAGUGGAACAUGGACUCGAGCAAGAUCUACCACCUGCAGUGUCAGCUGUUCAACACGACCCUGGCCGCCAUGGCCCCAUCCAACAGGAGACUUCCGCCACGGUGGUACCGCUCCAUGUCGUUCUACUGGGAGGCACAGAAGAGCCUGCUGUCCAUGUCGGCAAGCUUCGACAGACCUCUUGUCGUCGACAGGGAGGGAUUCCAGGCCACCUGGCCACCGUACCUGGCACCAGGCGACGGAAUGGAUGAGAUGACGCAGCCAGAGGACAACUGGAGCCGUUCCGUGUCUGCGGGCACGCUCCAACAGGAGGCAGGGUACCCGCUCGACGAGUCGGAUGCGGCCCUCGACAUCCUCGGCGGGAGAGCACCCGACGGCACGCCGACGAUCCAGCAGCGCGUGGUGCUUGGCGGGAGUAGCAGAAAGAUGGGCACGUGGGAGGCGUCGAUCCGGGCGACACGCAACGCCGAAGAAGCGUGGAUCAAGUUCAACAAGCCUCCCCGGCGCGGCGCCGCCCCGGGCGUGCGCGAGUACGCAGCCAUGUUUGCCAAGCUGUGUGCCCGCAACGCCGACCCGCAGUCGGCUCUGCGACCCGGAGACCGCGCCCUCAACUUCCCGGUGCAGCCUGAUCCCAACCUGUCCGAGUUUGCCAGGACGCGCAUGCAGCCGCCUAGCGUGGACGAGCUAUAUACGAGGAUGCGCAGCGCCGGCAUCCGACCGGACGGGGCGUGUCUCGAGGUUCUCGUAGCAAACGCGGCCAGCCUGGACAGGGCACACGCAUAUCUACGCGACAGCCGGGUCAAGGCAGGACCGCUGCUCAGCUACCGCUCCAGCGGACCCAACGCCAAGGCACUCCGGCAGAUCCCCACGCCCAUCGUGGCGGCGUACGUGAGGCUCAUCUGCACGGUAGAGAGCAGGCCGGGCCGCGAGCUAUUCAGGGCGCUCAGGAUAUGCGACAGGCGGUUCGAGGAUGACGACGGGAGUCGGCUGUGGGCGCCGUUCGUCUGGGGCGUCGUGCUCAAGGCCAUGAGCGCCAAGACGGCCGGGCUGGGACGGCUGGGGCGGACCCUGGCGGAGCAGGUGCGCGCCUACCAGCUCGUCGUGGACAAGAUUGAGGAUUCAGCGCCGCUGCGGUUGUCUACCGUGGUGCAGCUGGCCAAGUGCCUGCGCAAGGCGGCUGCUCGGGCGGUUGGUGAACGCAUGACGGACCUAGAGGCGCAGCAGACGGCUGCGUCGGAGAGUCCUCUCACAUUCCUGUACGACGCAGAUUCCCGGCAGAGACUGGUGGCGCAGUUGGCCUCGCGUUCGGGCCGAGAGAUUGAAGACGGCCGGCAUACCAUGGCCGCAGGAAGCAGCGGCGGCGGCAGCGACGGCAGCAGCAUAGGCAACAUCGGCGGCAGUCUGGGCGACGAGAACCCGUGGCUCUACUUUUUGCUCUCCGGGGCCGACCGUCUCAAGAAGAUGCACAAGAGGCUGGCGGAUCGGGAGGUGGAAGCGACGAAGCUGUUUGACACGCACAAUGCGCGGUCGCUGGACCACAUGCUCGCGCGGCAGGACGCGGUGCGGGCGCAGGAUGCCUACGAGCUGAUGGCGUCUUGGGCCUUUCUAGGCGAGUUCGAGACCAUGGCGUCGAUGCUAGAAUGGCAGCUCAAGCAAAACCCGGGUGAAAACGGUACGUGGACGACGGCGAGCGUGACACCCGACGUGCCCACCGACUUCAUGCCGGUCCUGUGCCUGUUCCGCCAGUAUGCCGAGCCCAUGCUCUCCGAGGAGAGGGUGGAAGGGAUACGCGCGGCCGUCGAGGCUGCGGACGUGGCUUGGUCGUGGCCCGACGACGAGACGGUAGAGGACUUCUCGGCGGCCGUGGCGGCGGGGAACGACGCCUCGUACAUGAAGCUGCUGCACGUCCUCGAGUGGAUCCGAUACAGGCAGGCCAGGGAGAGGGGAGAGUCGGCCGAGAAGCUAUUACGGCCGCCGAGGUGGGGGUUGGGGUGA